AUGUUCCUCCCCGCUGAUCUGUUUGUGAUGCCGAUGGCAGUUUUUGAUGUUAUCCUGGGUAUGGACUGGCUCACGGAGUAUUAUUUUGUCUUGGACUGUGCCACGAGGAUAGUUACGUUUCACAUUCCCGGCUUGCCAGUGUUACAGUUCGUCGCCGAGCCCAGAGGAGAGCCAUUGUCGAGUUUGUUGGCUUGUCUGAUGAACGAGGUCUUCCAGCCUUUCCUCGAUCAAUUCGUAGUGGUGUUCAUUGAUGAUAUUCUUGUGUAUUUGAGGACCCGAGAGGACAAAGUAGAGCACUGGCAGGUUGUGCUGGAGACCAUCCGUGCCCACCAGCUGUAUCUGAAGCUGGAGAAGUGCGAGUUCUUGUAG